AUGGCCGAUUCGUCAGUUAUACAUACAAACCCUUCUGUAAGGCAAGCGAAUUUUCCUUUAAGCGACAAUUUUACCUUAACAAAUGAUGAAAAUCUUGAAGAAUUAUCCAUGAUAUGGCUUGAUUCAAAUAUUCACAAAAAUGAAGAUUGUCUAGAAAUGCUUACUACAUUACGUUCUGUCAUUAAUUACUUGAAAGUAUUUGAUAAUAUUAGCGAAUGUGUUGCCUAUAUUAACUCUAUUACAACAGAAACAAAAAUAUUGUUUAUUGUUUCUGGUGAAUUAGGUGAAAGUAUUAUUUCUGAAAUUUACCACUCGCCGAGCAUUGUUUCCAUUUAUGUAUUUUGUUAUGAUAAAAUAAAACAUGAAAUUUGGUCCAGUCAAUAUAAACCAAAACUGCAAGGUGUCUUUAUCGACAAAGAUACACUUUAUUCAAAAUUAGUAUCUGAUAUGAAAUUACAAAUAAGCAAUUUUUUACCUAUAAGUAUUUUGAGUGAAAACGCAGAGCAAAGAUGUAUUCGAGAUUUAAAUAAGGAAAGUGUCUCGUUCAUGUGGUUUCAAUUGUUGAUACAAACUUUAAUCAAUAUGGAACAUGUUGACAAUGCGAAAAAUGAAAUGAUCAAUUCAUGUCGAAAACAAUAUCAAGGUAAUGCAUCAGUUAUGAAACAAAUCGAAGAAUUUUCAAUGAACUACGAUGAAAACAAAGCUGCUGAAUGGUACUCGAAAGAUAUAUUUCUUUUUCGUUUAUUGAAUAGAGCUCUUCGUACGGAAAAUAUUGAUCUUAUUUAUAAAUUUCGAUUUUUUAUUGCUGAUCUUCAUCGUCAAUUGGAUAAAAUACAUCGUGAAUAUAAUGAAUUAGUAUUGGCAGAUAAAAAAAGUUCAACUGUAUAUCGUGGAGCACAAAUGACUAUUAAGGAAUUGAAAGCCUUGGAAGAUAAUAUACAUGGAUUGGUUUCCGUAAAUACAUUCUUUUCGACCAGUAAAUCAUCGCAAGUUGCUACAAAAUUUGCUUCGGAUGGUUCUCAAGAUAAUCCAACAGUCAUUUUUACAAUAACAAUUGAUAAUCAUAUUCAAGAUCAACCAUUUGGCACUAUUGAAAAUACAAGUAAUUUUUCUCAUGAAGAAGAAAUAUUAUUUUCAAUAGGCACAAUAUUUCGAAUAGAAAAUGUCGAACAAAUGAAUGAUGCUGUAUGGUCUGUCGAACUGAAAUUAUAUGAGAAAGCAAAUUUAGAAUUAAAACCACUUAUGACAAGUUUAGAAGAAGAAAUAAGUGGAAAGCCAACACUUCUGAGUCUCGGUAAAAUGUUGUUCUACAUGGGAGAACAUGAUAAAGCCGAAAAAUACAAUCGAAUUUUACUUGAACAAUUACCACCCAAUGAUGAGUCUAUAGCAAUAGCCUACAGUAAUAUUGGUGAUACUUAUUUAGAUAAAGGUAAUUAUACACAAGCAUGGGAAUAUUACGAAAAAGCUCUAUCAAUAGUGUCAAAUACCGAACCGAGUCAUCAUCAUAUCCAUCUUGCUUACAUAUACGAUUCAAUUGGAUUACUGAACGAUCGAAUAGGAAAAUAUGAUGAAGCUUUAGAAAAUCUUAAAAAAGUACAGUAUACGAAACUUAAAUAUGUAUCACCUGAUGAUCUUUUUAUGGUGUCAACAUACAAUAACAUUGCAAUGGUAUACAAACAUAAAACUGACUAUGACAGUUCUUUAGAUUAUUAUAAGAAAGUUCUUGAAAUUGAACUUAAAUCAUUACCAGAUUUACAUCCAAAUCUCGCGUCGACUUACAAUAAUAUCGCAUUAUUAAAAAACCAAUUAGGUCAAUAUGACGACGCAUUGAAUAAUUAUACUACAGCAUUAAUGAUCGAACAAAAGUCACUACCAUCGAACCACUAUAAAAUUGGUACAACAUACAACAAUAUAGCUUUACUUUAUGCGAACAUAAAUAAUCAGAUCGAAGCUUUGAAUUACUAUGAAAAAGCAUUAAACGUAUUUUUUCAUGCAUUCGAACAUGAUCAUCCAAGCAUAGGAUCGAUUUAUUAUAACAUUGGAACAGUUCAUUAUAAACUUGAAGAUAAUGAUAAAGCUAUGCAUUAUCUGCAACAAUCACUUCAAAUACGAUUAAAAUCACUUCCAAAUGAUCAUAUUGAUAUCGCAGCCACAUUCAGUGUUAUAGGAGUUGUUCAGUGUGUUCAGGAAAACUAUAUCGAUGCUCUUGAAAACUGUGAACGAGCAUUUGCAAUACAAAUAAAAUCGCUUCACAGCAAUCAUCCUGAUUUAGCUUCAACCUAUUUUAAUCUUGGUAGAAUUCAUUCGAAAUUAAAUCAAGAACAAAAAGCAUUAGAAAAUUUUCAAGCAUCUUUAAGAAUAAUGUCGAUUAUAUUCAAAGAAGAUGAUAAAAAUCUUGAAUUGUUAUAUUUUCAUAUUGGUCAGAGUUCUUUUAACAUUGAAAAUUAUCAAAAUGCUAUUGAUAAUUAUGAGAAAUCUGUUCAAAUUCAAUUAAAAACAAUGAAUACAACAAACAAUAGGCUAGCAAUAACAUACAAAUAUUUAGGCUUAGCUUUAAAUAAACUCGGUAAUUUUGCUGCGUCAACAAAAAAAUUAAAGAAAGCGCUAGAAAUCCAAUCACCACUACAAAAUCAGUCUGAAAUGGUAACCAUUCUUUCUCAGAUCGGGCAAAAUUAUUUCAAAGAACGUAAUUAUGGAGAGGCAUUGAAAACUUAUGAAAAAGCAAUCGAAAUACAAUCUAAUCUACCAGCGCCAAAUGAUAUGAACUUGACAGCACUGUACAAAAAUAUGGCCCUUACAUAUCUGACUGAUAACAAAUAUCAGCAAGCAAUAGAGUACUUCAAAAGAGUAAUUGAAAUGCAAACGAAAUAUUUAGCAUACAAUCAUCCUGAUGUAGUUCAAACAUAUAAACAACUUGGUAGUAUUUAUCGUCAACUUAAUCAAUGCGAUAUUGCAUUGAGCAUCUUCACAAAAUUACUUGACAUUCAAACAAAAAUGUCGCCAAUAAACGAUAUAGAAUGUACAGGAACAUUAAAUAAUAUUGGAUUUAUAUUUUGCCAACAGGGUCAGUUACAAACUGCAUUGGAUACUUAUGAAAAAGCAUUAGAAAUUCAGUUGUCGUGUACCUGUUUACCACCUGUAGAACUUGCAACUACAUAUAAUAAUAUUGCAGGUGUUUAUCUAAGGCAAAAUAGACAUGAAUUAGCAUUCGAAAAUGCUAAUAAAGUUCUUAAGCAUUGUCCAGAAGCUCAUCAACUACUGGCAGCAACCUAUGAUAUUUUUGCUGAAUUGUAUUCUGCACAGAAUAAAUACGACGAAGUAAUUGAUGCCUAUUCAAAGAAAAUUGAAAUCAUGAAAAGAAGUGAAUCGAAAAAUAAUCAAGAAUUGUCAAAAACUUAUAAUAAUUUAGGAAUGAUUUACAUUAAAUUAGGUAGUGGCGAUAUAGCCUUAGCAUAUUUCCAAAAGACGCUCAAUAUUGAAGAACAGUUCUUACCAUCUAAUCAUGCUAGUUUUGCCAUAACAUAUAACAAUAUUGCAUGCGCCUAUUCUAUGAAAGAUGAUUUUCGUGAAGCAGUGAAAUAUUAUCAUAAGGAACUCGAAAUUCGUUUAUUAUCAUUGGAAUCGAAUUAUUUAGAUGUUAUAAUGACCUAUCAAAAUCUUAGCAUUAUGUAUUGCAGAGCAGGUAAAAAUGCUAAUGCAUUCGAGAUGAAUGAAAUUGCACGCAAAAUUACUCUCGAAUAUGUUUCACCUAGUGGCAUUCAGCUUGUAUCAUUAUAUAAUGAUUUGGGAGAAUUGUAUUUCGUCAAUCAUGAUUAUGACAAUGCAUUAAAUAGCUUUGAAAAAGCAUUGGAAAUAGGUUUGAAAACAUUGCCAAUUGAUGAUAACGAACUGACACCGGUUUAUGAAAAUCUUGAUCAGCUUUAUUCAAAUGAUCAAAAUCAAAUUUCAACUGUGAGCCUAUUAGAAAAAAAGCCUUACACCUCAUUGACAUAUAAUACAAUUGGAACUAUAUUCAAUAAAAUGAACAAUUACGAACAAGCAUUAAUCAAUUAUGACAAUGCAUAUCAUACCGAAUUGAAAAUGUCUUCACCAAAUCUUGAAUACAUCGAAUUGUACAAAAAAAAUAUUAGUCGCACUAAAAAUAAAUUAUCGUACUUUACUAAAGAAAAAUUUAUGCUAAUAUUAUCUACAAUUUAUGAAUACUUAUUCAAUCAAGGUUAA